CCCAUCGUACAACUUGUAAGCGAAAGAACAUUCAGAAGCGCUGAGCCUGGACAAGAGAUAGAAUGGUGAAAAGUGCUGUCGCAGAUCCUCCGAACUUCAAGAAAUAUGGCGUUCCUUCCUACUCAGUAGCUUGGAUCCCGCCAAACGUAAUCAAAUCAGUAUUGAAUCAAACAAUUGGUGAAGCCCCUGACAACGCCAACAACCCCACUCCUCAGCCUCCCGAGAGUUCCGGCGAGCACUACCUUGCGAUCACUGGUGGUGGUGGUGAAGGCAGCAGCGGUAUUCCCAAUGCGGUGUUGUUUGCAAAUUUUGAUGUCGCAUCUAAUUCUCUCUCUGAUCAGCCGGUGGGUAGGCUUGGAACUGACUCUGAGUUGCCUUAUAGAAUGGCACUUCACCCCCGUGGAGAUGGCCUUAUUUGUGCAAUGCCAAAGAGUUGCAGAUGGUUUGAAUGGAACCAAAACAGGAGUGAAGAAAAUGAUAAGUUAGGUCUGAAGGUUUCUGAUAAAGUACUCAGUGAGUUGGAGGAUGUUGGGCAGCAGUUAGCUUUGGCAUUUGACAAUGAUGGCACUAUGCUAGCUGUUGGUGGGCAGGAUGGCAAUCUAAGGGUUUUCAAGUGGCCUAGCAUGGAAAUUAUUCUCAAUGAGACUAAGGCUUAUUCCGCAGUAAAAGACUUACAUUUCAGCUCUGAUGGUAAACUGCUUGUGUCCUUGGGAAGUGGUGGCCCUUGCAGAGUUUGGGAUGCUUCCUCAUCGACGGUCUUAGCUUCCAUAUCUAGUAAAAAUGGUGAGGUUUUUACCUCUUGCAGAUUUUCUCAAAUUAAUGAUGGGACCUAUAUCUUGUAUAUUGCUGCCAUGACAGACAAAUGGGGAAGCAUUCUGACAUGGGAUGCAAAAACUGGGGCAAGGAUUGGCUCAAAGCGUAUUGUUCGUGAUGCAAUCUCUUCAUUCAAUGUAUCAACUGACGGAAAAUUUGUUGCAUGUGGAACACCUUCAGGUGACAUUGUGAUUGUAAAUUCAACAAAUAUGAAGAUCCUGUCAAUGAUUAAAAAGGCUCACCUUGGCAUAGUAACUGCGUUAGCUUUCUCCCAUGAUUCAAGGGCGUUGGCUUCUGUAUCCUUUGAUUCAAGUGCAAGGGUUACUGUAAUAGAGGAGAAGCAGAAAAGUGGAGGACUGAGCUUAUGGAUUGCUGUGCUCAUGGUCAUACUUGCAAUAGCGGCCUACUUCCUGAAACUUCAAGAACCUGACAAGUUGAAGUUAUCUUUUCUUCAAAAUUGAACUGUAUGUUUGCCAAAAAGCUUUGUAAGUGUAACAACAUAAUUUUGAUGCAUGUUUGAUUUUGGGGGCUAUAGAUGGUUUUUCAAGUUUCACAUCAUAUUGAGCGAGGUACAUCAGAACUCCCGUAACUUGUUAAUAGGUAAUAACAUUAUCAGAAUUAUCACUCACCAAUUGUUAAAUUCAGUAAGACUAAGUUGUAAUUUCAAUAACAAUUAAUAAAAAUUUUAGAAUUUUCAUUGAUAA